CGACGACGACGACGACGACGACGACGACAACGACGAAAGCGACAACGACAAUCCGCACGACAUCCGACCCAUUGCCUGUCGCGCAUUCUGAACCACAGCUUCCUGCUAUCACGCCCAGAUUGUCGCAAUGCAUCCCGCCGGCGUCUUCUUCAUUGUCUUGUUCGUCCUGCUCAUCGCGGGCGCAGUCGCCUGGGUCGUCUUCACCCAGCUGCGCGCGCGAAGGCUCGGGCUCCCGCCUCCAACGCUGUCCUCGUACAACCCAUUCUCGCGCAAGGACAACCACUCGCCCUACGGCCCGCCCACCCCUGCGCCCGGCGGCAUCGGGGCCUGGAUCAGCGACAAGAUCCGCAGCAUCCGCGGGCCCAGCAACAAGCGCUCCCAAGCUGGCGGCUACGAGCAGAGCCGGCGCGGCUUCGGACCCCUCGACCCAGACGAGGCCUGGGACACGCGCGUGGGCAACGAGGCCGACAACUACGGACCUGGCGGAUACUAUGAGGAGCAGGAACUAGGUCUUCACGGCGGCCCUGCUGGCGGCGGUGGUGCUGCGUACGGCCACACGGCAUACGCCUCUGCCGGCCCCCAGGAUCGCGGGCGGGCGGGUCCCUCCGCUGCGGCCGCGGCCUCGAACACAGCAGCACCUGGAUCCAACCCCUUUGACGAUGACAGUGCCGAACCUAGCAAUCUGCGCGGUGUCAGCCCGCGGCCCAUCGACACUUCGGUGGCGAACGCGGGGUCCAAGAAGCAUCACGGCCCCGGCAGCGGCAGCCCCGGCUCGGAGCGGCGGAGCAUGUUCAGAGAAGACGUCAUGUGAGAGAGUGUUGUGCGCUGGGAGCGACGCAAAUUGAUUAGCACUGCAGGGGAGAUGGUCAAAAGGGGGGGAGGGGGGUGAGUUGAGCUGAUGCCGUUCAAGCUUCACAUAUCACGGAUAUGCUUGGUUUCUCUUGCACUUCUUCAUGUACACACGAUGUUUUUUUUUUUUGCCUUUUGCGCGAACUCACGCAUAAAAGCUGGAAGGGCGAGUCUGGAUCUUGUAGGGACUGUACUUCCGCUUUCACUUUUUUCAGGGACGGGGAAAGGAAGGCUACUGGCGUUACAGGCUCUCUUGAUGGUAUUUGUUGGUUUCCAAGGGACUUUUGGUCAUAGGCGUGACAAAAUUUACAACUGCUGUGACGAGCAUUUUGAAGUCUCGGAAUUGCAGGAUGCAUGCGAUGUCGUCAUGCGCGAGUUGGUCGAAGUGCGGUCAAUGGCGGCGUGAUGUCUCGU